AUGAUACCUGGCCAUCCUCCAGCUUUUGCAGAUCAAAUACAAGCACUCAGAGACCAGGUUGCUAGGGCUCGUAUCUCUAUGAUCGGCAAGAUGGGCCUCAGCCAAGAUUUCUUCGAUACUGAGCCCAACUUCGUAAAUCUAAAGGCUGCCAUUCGUGGAAUUUUAGAUGCGCGCCGGUCAGACUUCAACAGAAACAACCUCACUAAAGUGAUUAACACCUUGCGAAUUCACAAAAUUGCGCCAAUUAUAAGAACAGUAACCGCAAUGGACGCUACGGCUUUGACAACAAAUGGCUCAACCAGCCCUGCAAUUGAUGCAGAAAUAGUUGUGAAUAAAAUUGUAGCUAGGAUGGGACUCUUGUCUGAAAACAGGAAAAUUAGAGGACAUGCAGCUGUUAUCAACAGGCUGGAUCAAUGGAUCGGCAAUCUCAACGCCCCUUGUUGA